AUGGGAGGUGGGAAGGACAAGCAUGAUGAAUCUGAUAAAGGAAUUUUUUCACACCUUGCUCAUGGGGUAGCUGGUGGACAUGGGUACCCACCUGGGGGUUACCCACCUGCACCUGGGGCAUACCCUCCACAUCAAGGGUACCCUCCACAACAAGGCUAUCCUCCAGCAGGUUACCCUCCUGGUGCCUACCCUCCAGCAGGCUACCCUCCUUCUGGUUACCCACCAGCUGGUUAUCCUGGGUCAUCUGCUCCACAUGAUCCAGGGCACCAUGGGCACCAUGGGCACGGUGGAGCAAUGCUUGCUGGUGGUGCUGUCGCGGCUGCUGCUGCUUAUGGUUCUCACCAUCUCUCUCAUGGCUCCCAUGGCCACUAUGCACAUGGUGCUCACAUGCCCCAUGGCAAAUUCAAGCAGCAUGGACACGGCAAAUUCAAGCAUGGAAAACAUGGUAAGUUCAAGCAUGGAAAACAUGGCAAGCAUGGAAAGUUUGGCAAGCAUGGUGGUGGGUUCAAGAAGUGGAAGUGA